GAUCAGGAAUUCUUAACAAAAAGAAAAGAAAAAAACCAGAACCAAAAGAAGAGAGAGAAAGGGUAAGAGAAAGAGGUGAGAGAAAGCUUGAGCUUGAGCUUGGGCUUGGAGUUUUGGAAGAAAGAUGAAAUGCCAUCGUACGUUUGGUAAAACCUUGACUUCGUUCGACGUCUUCUUCUUCAUCUUCAGUUUUUUUUGCGUUUCGGUUUCCGGCGAAUUGUCGGAGAAAUUAGCUUUGCUGGAGCUCAAAUCAUCGUUUGCGGAUCCUAGCUGGCUACUCUCGAGCUGGAGGAACUCUUCGGAUCGCCACCACUGUUCAUGGUUCGGCGUCUCAUGCGACUCCAAUUCCAGAGUUAUCUCUCUGAGAAUCUCGGCCUCUGAUGGUGAAAAGCCAGGUAAUUUCCGACCUCUUUCUUGUUCGCAGUCUUCUUCGCGCUUUCGGUUUCCGUUUUACGGGUUUGGAAUUAGGAGGAGGAGAAGUGCGAAUAGGGAGGGGAGAUUGAGUUUGAGAGGGGGAAUUUCGCCGUCGAUCGGGAAACUGACUGAGCUUAGGGCUUUGUCUCUUGCUUAUCAUGACCUGAGUGGUGAGAUUCCUCGGGAAAUUUGGGGUCUUGAGAAGCUGAGAGUGCUUGAUCUCGAGGGAAAUUCGCUCACCGGGAAGUUGCCGAGUCAGUUUAGUGGUUUGAAAUGGUUGAGGGUUUUGAAUCUCGGGUUAAAUAGGAUUGAUGGGGAGAUUCCCGUUUCGCUGUCAGAAUGUGGAGAUUUAGAGGUCUUGAAUUUGGCUGGGAAUUCACUGAAUGGCACAAUUCCUGAGUUUCUCGGUGGUUUUUCCAGGUUGAAGGGUCUCUAUUUGUCUCGGAAUAGGCUAACUGGAUCGGUUCCGGAAGAAUUUGGAAGUGGCUGUGAGAAUCUUGAACAUCUCGAUCUGUCGGGGAAUUUUCUAGUAGGUAGAAUUCCAGGUAGUUUGGGUAAGUGUAGACGGCUUCGGACACUUUUGUUGUUUUCAAACAUGCUAAACGGUAACAUCCCUCGUGAGCUUGGUGGACUUCAGAUGCUUGAAGUUCUAGAUGUCUCUAGAAAUAGCCUUGGUGGUCGAAUCCCCGCUGAGCUUGGGCAGUGUGUUAACCUGUCAGUGUUUGUGCUCUCCAAUGGAGGUUCUUUGAUCGAAUUAUCUCGCAGUGCAGAGAAUUAUCACAAUCAUUUUGAAGGCCCUAUUCCAGAGGAGAUCACGACUCUUCCGAAGCUGAGAAUAGUUUGGGCGCCUAAAGCGAGUCUGGAGGGAAAGCUUCCUAGCAACUGGGGUGGUUGUGAGAACUUGGAAAUGGUGAACUUGGGUCAGAACCUUUUCAAAGGAGAAGUGUUUGGAGUCUUUGAGAGAUGCAAGAAACUGCAUUAUCUCGAUUUGAGCUCAAAUCAGCUGACUGGGGAGCUUAGUGAGAAGCUUCCGGUUCCUUGCAUGAGUGUAUUUAAUGUAAGUGGAAAUCUCUUGUCAGGACUCAUCCCAAGAUUUAAGAGCAGGAUGUGUGCUAAUGUGCCCAUGAAUUCAGAUCUCACUAAAUUCGACGACCCAUCAUUUCCGUAUAAGUUGUUCUUUACUUGUCAAUCUCGUCGUGUGGAAACCAGUUUGCCAUUUUCCGGCCCUGGUUUCAUUGUGAUCCACAAUUUAAGCGGUAACAACUUCUCAGGUCCAAUCCAAAGCCUUCCAGCUCCACUAUUGAGCAACCGAAUGAUUUACGCUUUUCUUGCUGGUGGAAACAAGCUCGCUGGAUCAUUUCCUGAAAGAUUAUUUGGAAAAUGUAAUGGGUUAAAUGGAUUGGUUCUAAAUUUCAGUAACAACAGAUUCUCUGGUCAUAUUCCUAUGCAGAUUAGCGUCAUAUGCAGAUCUCUUUUAUCCUUGGAUGUGUCUGGCAAUGAAAUAUCGGGGUCAAUGCCCCAAAGUCUUGGCGAUUUGACAUCUCUAGUCCUUCUGGACUUAAGUCGGAACAAGUUGCAUGGUAAAAUUCCACCGGACAUGAGUCGUUUGAGGCACCUAAAGUAUCUUUCCCUGGCUCAUAACAGCCUGACUGGUCCAAUACCUUAUAGUUUUGGAUGGUUUCAAUCCCUCGAAGUGUUGGAUCUGUCCUCAAACUCUCUCUCUGGGGAAAUUCCUGAAGGUCUUGUGAACUCAAGAAAUUUAACUGUUCUGCUUAACAACAACAGUCUUCACGGGAAAAUUCUUUCAGGAUUGACCAAUUUGAGAUCACUAUCGACAUCUAAGUUCUCUCGGGUCCUGUUGAACAACAAUGUGAUGAACUGUAGCAGUGUCCAAGGGAAGCCUUCCCAGUCUCCAUGUGGUCUAACCUCCCUAGCAGUGAGAUCUUUGAGUCAGCAAGAUACAAAUUGGAGCUCGCAAACUUCUCAAUCAGAAAUUGCUAGUAGUUCUGGAAACAGUGGAUUAAACUCGAUUGAAAUUGCGUCCAUAGCAUCUGCAUCAGCCAUAGUGCUAGUUCUUCUAGCUCUUAUUGUCCUCUUCUUUUAUACAAGGAAGUGGAUACCAGAUUCCAGGGUACAGGGUCUGGAACCAAGGGAAAUUACAGUUUUCAGCAACAUUGGGGCUCCAUUGACUUUUGAGAGUAUUGUUCGAGCAACCGGGAAUUUCAACGCCAGCAACUGCAUCGGAAAUGGAGGAUUUGGGGCCACUUACAAGGCAGACAUCCAUCCAGGAAUCAUAGUAGCUGUAAAGAGGCUUGCUGUUGGAAGGUUCCAUGGAAUUCAACAAUUCCAUGCGGAGGUCAAGACUCUUGGGCGGGUGAGACACCCCAACCUUGUAACUUUGAUAGGUUACCAUGCCAGUGAAACCGAAAUGUUCCUCAUAUACAAUUAUCUACCCGGAGGUAAUUUGGAAAAUUUCAUCAAGGAAAGCUCGACAAGAGCCAAUGAUUGGAAGAUUCUUCACAAGAUUGCUCUGGAUAUAGCUCAUGCCCUCGCUUAUCUGCAUGACCAAUGUGUUCCACGAGUCCUACACCGUGAUGUCAAGCCAAGUAACAUAUUGUUGGACAGCAACCUUAAUGCUUAUUUGUCAGACUUUGGACUGUCUAGGCUUCUGGGGACUUCUGAAACUCAUGCCACAACUGGUGUUGCUGGAACUUUCGGGUACUUGGCUCCAGAAUACGCUAUGACCUGUCGGGUGUCGGACAAGUCCGACGUCUAUAGCUAUGGUGUUGUGCUCCUUGAACUGAUCUCGGAUAAGAAACCGUUGGACCCGUCAUUUUCUUCACAUGGAGAUGGUUUCAACAUCGUUUCUUGGGCAAGCAUGUUGCUGAAACAGGGUCGUGCUAAGGAGGUCUUCACUGCUGGGUUGUGGGAUGUGGGUCCGCAUGAUGAUCUGGUGGAGAUGCUGCACUUGGCUGUUACUUGUACAAAUGAGACUCUCUCCAUCAGGCCCACAAUGAAGCACGUUGUCCAGAGACUGAAAAAAAUUCAGCCUCUAAUUAUUAGGUAGUUAAUGAACAUUGCACUUGUACUCCUGAGGGAUAGAAAGUACAGAAAGGGAAGAGUUUUUUUGUCUUCUUUUAUCCUUGUAAGCCCCUUUCCUGCCAGAAGUAGAAUAUAUUACCCUUGCAAUUUGUAUAUUCUCUCCGUCGUAUUUUGUAAUCUUGUAAUAACUUUAUUAUGUGCGUGUGUUUGGAAACUUUCUGAAACUUGGACUAAUAAUAUAUUAUAUCCCAAUUCAUUUUUC